AUGGGCGCCAGCGGGGCGGGUAAAACUACCCUUUUGGAUGUGAUCGCCCAGCGGAAGACGCAGGGCAUCAUCGAAGGCGAGAUCAGGCUGAAUGGGCACCCCAAGCAGGAGGGCGUGUGGCGCCGCGUGAGCGCCUACGUGGAGCAGCAGGACAUCCACACAGAGACGGCCACGGUGCGCGAGGCGCUGCUGUUCAGUGCUCGCUUGCGCCUGCCCUCCAAUGUUGGCAACGUGGAGAUCGCCAGGUGGGGGUGUGCAACUUACCUCUGCCGUUCUGCAUGCCAGCCCUCCAGCCAUGCCUGA